AUGACGUAUCGUUUUUUUUACAUAUUUGUAAGAAAAAAAUUCCAAUGGAUAUUUUACUUCAUUGGAACUAUAUUAUUUAUUACAUUUAUUUAUAAAACAGCUAAUCAAUUAUAUCAAGCCUCAUUUAUUGCUCAAUCAUCAGUUUCUACACGUGUAUUAAAUGUUCAUCAAACACCAAGUAUUUCAUUACGAAAUGUAUCAUUUGGUUACAAAGAUCGAAGUCGAUGCUUUGAUAACAGUAAACCAUCACGUCAAACUCUUUCAAAAAUAAUUCGUCAUAAUAAAAUAAUAAAUUACCUUGGUUUUCUUCUUCGAUCUCAUUCAUUAUUUUAUUGUUCAGUUCCAAAAGUAGCUACACGAACUUUACUUAAAUUUAUUACUUAUCUUCAUAUACAUGAUGAUUUAAUUCCUUUACUCAAAAAUCAUACAAUAUUUAAUAAUAGUUUAAAUUUUACAAGUAACUUAUAUAUUUUUGAUGUUGCUUAUUUCAAUCAAAUGUUUUCGCCUUCAACUAGGAAUAAUUUUCGACCAUCCAUACACAAUAAAAUUUCAAUUCUUGAAUCAUUUCUAUCACGUCUUAUGGUAUUUAAUAAUACAAAUUCAAAAAAAGUUAGUUUAUGGUCAAUGUAUCACAGAGGAAGUCUUCCUCUUCUCCGUCUUCGUACUUUAUCCAAUCCAUCAAUACUUUUUUCAUCAAAUUUUACUCGUGUAAUUUUUGUUCGUCAUCCGUUCGAACGUUUAGCAUCAGCUUAUGUUGAUAAAAUAGCUUCGUUUAAAAAUGAACCAUUUUCGUUAUAUGAUAGUUAUCGUCGAGCAAUAUGUCGAAAAUAUUUUUCGUUUUAUUUAACAAAAGCUCAAAAAGAUUUUUAUCGUACUCAUAAACAAAUAUCAAACAAAAUGAAAGAUCCUUGUCAAAAAAUAAUUCCAAAAUUUGAACAUUUUAUUCGUUAUUUAAUGUCUGAUUAUUCCGUACGAUAUGAUGUUCAUUGGCAACCUUAUUCAAAAUUAUGUUAUGUUUGUUUAUUUAAAUAUAAUUUUAUUGGAAAAUAUGAAACAAUGAAUGAAGAUCUUCAACGAUUAAACUCAUAUCUUGGAUUAAAAUCAAUUAAUUUAAAGGAUGCAAAUCACACCUCAUUUAUUGUUCAAUCAUCAUUUUCUACACGUUUAUUCAAUGUUCAUCAAACACCGAAUACUUCAUUACCAGCUGUAUCAUUUAGUUACAAAGAUCGAAACCGAUGUUUUGAUAAUAGUAAACCCUCACAUCAAACUCUUUCAAAGAUAACUCAUCAUAAUAAAUUAAUAAAUUAUGUUGGGUUUCUUGUUCGAUCUCAUUCAUUAUUUUAUUGUUCAGUUCCACAAGUAGCUACACGAACUUUACUUACAUUUAUUACUUAUCUUCAUAUACGUGAUGAUUUAAUUCCUUUACUCAAAAAUCAUUCAAUAUUUAAUAAUAAUUUAAAUUUUACAAGUAAUUUAAAUAUUUUCAAUGGUGUAGUUCUCAAUCAAAUGCUUUUGCCUUCAACUCAGAAUUAUUCUCCACCAUCCCUAAACAAUUCAAUUGCGGUUCUUGAAUCAUUUUUAUCACGUCUUACGGUACUUUAUAAUAAUGAAAAUUCAAAAAAAGUUGAUUUCUGGGCAAUGCUUGUAGGGAACAAUCUUCCCCUUACUCGUCUUCGUACUUUAUCUGAUCCAUCAAUACUUUUUUCACCAAAUUUUACUCGUGCAAUUUUUGUUCGUCAUCCGUUCGAACGUUUAGCAUCAGCUUAUGUUGAUAAAAUAGCUUUGUUUAAACAUGGAUCAGUGUCAUCAUUCGAUCCUAUUCGUCUAAUAAUUUGUCAAAAAUAUUCUUCGUUUUAUUUAACAAAAGCUGAAGAAGAUUUUUAUCAUACUCGUAAACCAAUAUUAAAGAAAAUGAAACAACCUUGUCAAAAAAUAAUACCAAAAUUUGAACAUUUUAUUCGUUAUAUGAUGUCUACUGGGUUAAGCGGUGAUGUUCAUUGGCAACCUUAUUCAAAAUUAUGUCAUGUUUGUUUAUUUAAAUAUAAUUUUAUUGGAAAAUAUGAAACAAUUACAGAAGAUCUUCGACGAUUAAGGUCAUAUCUUGGAAUAAAAUCAAUUAAUCCGGAUAAUAAAAAUUAUUUUAAGACGGGAAAAACAACAGAAUACUAUAAAUCAUUGUAUUCCAAUUUAUCUAAUGAAUUAAUAUGUGAUUUGAAAUAUUUUUAUGAAGAUGAUUUAAAAUUAUUUGAUUAUCGAUUAGAAGAUUACUUGAUUGAUCAAAGAACUAUUCAAUGUUCUUCUUCACAUAAGUGA